CCAUUGCCACCAGCGAUCUCUCUCUCGCACCCAACGAAGAGAAACCGAUCCGUAUCCGUAGCAGGGGACGAAUCCGAACUGUAACAGCAACCUGCACAGUUCACAACACAUCGUUUCUGUUCCCUCCCGUCCGUGCGAAAUAGCAUACGAAGGGCAGGAAAGAGAUCCGAUCCAGUUGAUUGCAGCAGCAGCAAAUCAUCCAAUCCAAUCCAAUCCAAAGCGAAACGAAACAAAACGAAACAAACCGCAACCAUGGCUCGCUGGUUCCGUUCCGAACCGAUGGAGUACGUCUCCCUGAUCCUGAACGAGGACGCCGCCCACGAUUGCCUCGCCGAUCUCGGAAAGCUGGGCGUCCUCCAGUUCACCGAUGUGAGUUGUGUUGCAUUGUGUUGCAUUGUGUUUCGUCGUGUUGCAGUGUGUUGCUUGUUCUUGUGCCGAGGAUUCUGGGUUGCGAUGUCAUUGUUGCUGGUAGCUUUCUUCGCCUGGAUUCGUUGGCUGUGGCUUUGGGUGCUGCUGGUGGUUCGCGAAGAAGGACAACAAGACUGCGUGCUCCGCCGUGCUAUGUACUCCGUGACAACAAACCCAACCGGCAGUCGGGUCGGCAAUGCCCUGUUGUUGCUGGCCGGUGUGUACGGCACAGCAACCUUCCCUUCCGUUUCGUUUCGUCUCUUGCUCACACAACCAACCCAAUCUUCCCCGCUGCUUUUUCCCUUUUGCCCCUCUCCCAGCUCAACCCGGAGCUCACCCCCUUUCAGCGCCGGUACGUCUCGUACGUGAAGCGGUGCGACGAGCUCGAGCGGAUCCUCCGCUACAUCCACGGCGAGAUCGAUAGGUUCGAGGACCUCGAGCUCGCCCCGGCCGGAUCCGUCGACUCCUUCCUCGAGGAAUCCGUCGGGACCCAGAAGACGGACCGCAGCGGCAACAGCAAGCUGGACGUCCUGGAGACCGACCUGGGCGGCUACGAGAGGCAGCUGAGGGAACUCGGCCUCUACAGCGAAAAGCUCACCCACCAGUACAACGAAAAGGUCGAGCUCCAGCAGGUCCUGGAAAAGGCCCGGGACUUCUUCCGCUUCGACCGAAACGAGAGCACGACCACGCCCCGCCUCGACAUCAUGAGGUUCCAGUCCAUCGCGGGCGUCAUCAGCACCGAGGAAAAGGUCCGCUUCGAGCGCAUGAUCUUCCGGACCACCCGCGGGAAUUCCCUGGUGAGCUUUGCGCCCAUCGAAGAGCCCAUUACCGAUCCCGAAACCGGCAAGGAGGCCGACAAGUCCGUCUUUUUGGUCUUUUUCAAGUCCAAGGCCAUCGAGGUCAAGCUCAAGCGGAUCUGCGACGCCUUCAUGGCCCACCGGUACACCCUCCCGGACAUGGACGACCUUGCCACGGUCGAAAAGCUCCUGGAGGAAAACGCCCGCGAGCUCGAGGACUCCGAGACGGUCCUCAAGAAGAAUAGGGACACCCGCUACAAGCUCUGCAAAGAACUCGCCGCGAAGUGCGAGAAGUGGACCUGGAUCGUCCUCAAGGAAAAGGCCAUCUACCACUCCCUCAACAUGCUCAAGGCGGACGUCUCGGGGAUGCUUCGGGGCGAGGGCUGGGUGGUCUCUGAAAACCUCGACGACGUUGCCAGGGCCGUCGACCGGGCCCACUCCUCCCUCGACAUGGCCAUGCCCUCCCUCGUCAAGCCCGUCGACCAGCCCUGGCCGACCCCGCCGACCCACUUUGCCACCAACAAGUUCACCUACGCCUACCAGGAAUUCGUCAACACCUACGGGAUCCCUAGGUACCGGGAGGCGAACCCGGCCCUCUUCACGGCCGCGACCUUUCCCUUCUUGUUUGGUGUCAUGUACGGGGACAUCGGCCACGGGCUCUUUUUGUUUCUGGCGGGCUGCUCGCUGGUCUGGAACGAGCAGGCGGUCGAGAACGGCCCGAAGCCCGACGAGCUCACGGCCGGCCUCCACACGGGCCGGUACAUGAUGCUCAUGAUGGGCUUCUUUGCCGUCUACGCCGGCUUUGUCUACAACGACUGCUUCUCGCUGGGCAUGAACCUCUUCGGGACCCGCUAUUCCUUCGACGGGAUGGACGACGGGACGACCGAGGAGGGGGACGUCGCUGUUCUGAACGCGCCCUACGGGAGCGACGAGUCCGUCUACCCCUUCGGGCUGGACCCGAUCUGGCACGUGGCCUCGAACGAGCUCCUCUUUUUCAAUUCCUUCAAGAUGAAGCUCAGCGUCAUCCUCGGGAUCAUCCAGAUGUCCUUUGGGAUCCUCCUCAAGGGAUCGAACGCCGUCUACUUCAAGCAGCCCCUGGACCUGUUCCUGGAGGUCGGACCGAUGGUCGUCUUUGCCACCUCGCUCUUCCUGUACAUGGUGGUCAUGAUUUUCAUGAAGUGGAGCAUCGACUGGAACCACCGCAUGUCGCUGGCCACCUGCUACGACCCGACCGGCACCGAGUGGCAAUCGGACUGGACGGUCUGCGACGGGGGCACCCAGGACGCAAACGGCCUCUGCACCCCCUGGGGCCACUCCUGCACCGACUCGGACACCACCGCCGACAAGUGUCCCCUCGACUACGGGGGGUCCGGCGACGGGUGCCAGCCCCCCUCCCUCAUCACCUCGCUGAUCAACAUCGCCCUCGCCCCCGGAUCGGUCGACGAGCCCCUCUACGCGGGCCAGGCCGCCCUGCAGAACCUCUUGCUUCUGGUGGCGGUGGUUUCGGUUCCGGUCCUCCUGCUGGCCAAGCCCAUCGUCCUGCACCAGCGGGCGCAGGAGGCCCACGCGAAGGAGGUCGUCCACGCCGUGGACGGCUGCGGCGGCGACGAGGAGGAGCACGGGCACGGCGGCGACGACCACGGCGAGAGCGACGAGGAACACGGCUUUGGCGAAAUCAUCAUCCACCAGGCGAUCGAAACGAUCGAGUUCGUCCUGGGGAUGGUCUCCAACACGGCCUCGUACCUCCGUCUGUGGGCCCUCUCCCUGGCCCACUCGGAGCUCGCCCAGGUCUUCUGGCAGAAGUGCCUCCUGACCACCCUGCCCCUCGGGUGGCUGCCUACCUACCUCGGCUUUGGUCUAUUUGCCGCCAUUACCCUCGGCGUCUUGCUCAUGAUGGACGUCCUGGAGUGCUUUUUGCACGCCCUUCGGCUCCACUGGGUCGAGUUCCAGCAGAAGUUCUUCAAGGGGGACGGUGUUCGCUUCGUCCCCUACUCCUUCAAGCAAAUAAUCACCGACGCCAUGUAGGUUGGGCAACGAGCCGUGGGCACACGAUGCACUCUGGAAGACGGAUGCGAUGCGAUUCAGGAUUUUGGGAUUCUACGGUUUGCCACUAUGUAGGUGCUAUUAUUGAAGCAGAACGAGAGCCCUAAGGAACUCGAUUCGAUGUCUCUAGAUACGGUAUCGAAUUGCCGAAAUCCGUGGUGCGUGUGCAAGUUGUGUUCACUCUCUUAGUUUUAAAGACAUAGUAGUACUAGUACUAGGAUACGAAAGUCGAUCAUCGACAGCGCAAUUUAUCUGAC